AUGUCCGCCCUCAUAGGUUCCCUGGGUGGUCUCGGACUGCUAUUUAACAACUACACCGCCAGCUCAUUAAACCUCUUUUUCUUCUGGAUGACCUGGACGACAUUGAUCAUGUCGCACCCCCCUCUAAGGGUAGAGUUAAUUGCGACAUUUUUCGUUCGCCUUGUAUUCUUUCUCCUACCGGCGCUGGUGUUCACAUUGUUUGACAACUUGUUGCCGUCCCUCGCAGGGAAAGAACCAUAUGUCACUUCUAAACCAGCUUCGCGAAAGAAGGUUGCAGUACCCACCGGAAGGGGAAAGAAAAAGACCCUCGAAGUGAGCAAUCUCAAUCGUGGGACAUUGUUUGCAAUCUUCAUGACCAUAGGGAAUAUCAUGCUCGGAAUUGGAAUCCAAGGUCUUCUUGAAUAUAUCGCAGUUGACAUCUUUCGGAGACCGAGGUUAUUGAAAAUAUCUUCCACGUUCCCUUAUCCGUGGGAUAUGGCGAGGGGAAUCGCUUAUGCGAUGCUUCUUCGAGAGUUAUUCAUAUAUUACCCUCAUCGUCAUAUCCAUCAGAACCCCAAAUCACCAUUUCACAAAAGCCACGUCCACCCAAAAUCGACAACCUCGUCUCUUAACUUAACAAGUACUACGCCCAUUGACUACGUUCUCUUGCAAUUUCUACCGAUCUACAUCCCCAGUGUCAUGUUAUCAUUCCACCUCUUGACAUAUUUAGCAUUCGUGGCUAUUACGUCCAUUGUCGAUGUCGUAUGCUACAGUCAAUACGAAUACCUCCCAAAAGCGUUCUUUAUUGGUAGAAUUGCGAGAAGGGUCAGAGGACAUGACAAGUCCGGUGGGAGAGGAGGAUACGGAUGGAUUGGAUUGCUGGAUUGGGUUCAUGGAACUGAAAUUCAUUGGAAUGAGGGAGGGGUCAUGGGUGUCGGAGGGGGUGGGGAAGGUGGAGAAGGGUUUACACAGGCUGUUAGACGAGGGGUUAGGACGAGGAAGGCGAGUCGGAAGGCAAGACAUUUCGAUGAGUAG